ACUGCGACCCAAGGACCCCGCGGGAAGAGCCGGGUUCUCCAAAACGUUCACAGCAGUUUCUGUGCAGAAGUGCAUAAUGUGACAUGUUAGUUCAGAGCCUCCGGCAGCAACACCCUGGGGUGCAGCCUGCUGAGGGAGCCCAGGAGGAGUGGCUGCCGGGUCACGUCGGUGGCCCCUGGAGACUGCGUGCCCUGGUGAACUCCUCACCCCCUGCCACGCAGCACAAGGAAAUGGGUCACGGCAGACAAGGCAGCUCCCUACGGUAAAGCCGAAACCAACAUGGACGAGUUAGCCAGAGGCUUCUGGCAAAGGGCUGGGUCUGGCACAGUUAAGAACUGGAUUCUUUUCUUAAGCAGAGAAAACAGAAGUCUCAGCAAGUGCACAGGAGACCGCGCCUCCCUGUUGGUUCUUGGCGUGAAGGAAAUCGAGGCCAAGGAAGCAUGCGACUGGCUCCGGGCCGCCGGGUUCCCGCAGUACGCCCAGCUGUACGAGGAUUCACAAUUUCCCAUCAACAUUUUGGCUGUCAAGAACGAUCAUGAUUUUCUGGAGAAGGACCUUGUAGAACCUCUUUACAGGCGGCUAAACACGUUGAACAAGUGUGCCUCCAUGAAACUUGAUGUGAACUUCCAAAGGAAAAAGGGCGACGACUCGGACGAGGAAGACCUCUGCAUCAGCAACAAAUGGACUUUCCAAAGAACCAGCCGGCGCUGGUCUCGGGUGGACGACCUGCACACGCUGCUUCCGGGGGGCGACCGCGGCGGCUCGCCGGGGGACGUGAGGAUGCGCAACACCGCCAGCAGUGAGAGCGUGCUCACGGACCUGAGCGAGCCCGAGCUCUGCUCCGUCCACAGCGAGAGCAGCGGGGGCAGCGACGGCCGCGGCCCGCCCAGCGGCCAGGGCGCCGGCCGGGAGGCCUUCCCCUGCGCCGGCCAGUGCUGCUCCGACGGCCCGGCCAUGCUGGACGCCGCGGUGCUCAGCCCCAGCCUCCCGCGGUCCCCCCGAGACAUGCCCAGCUACCCCUUCCACGAGAAGAAUGAGAAACCCAGCCGGGCCCGGGCCAAGUCCUUUCUGAAACGCGUGGAGACGCUGCGAGGGAAAGGCGCCCAGGGGCGGCCCAAGGGGCCAGGGCGGACGGGGGGCUUGGUGAUCAGCGGGCCCGUCCUGCAGCAGGAGCCCGAGUCCUUCAAGGCCAUGCAGCGUGUCCAGAUACCAAAUGGAGACCUCCAGAACCCGGCCCUGGCCGCCUGGCCCGCAGGGGGCCCGGGCUGCAGCCUGCGGAGCGGCGAGAGCAGCCCCUCGGAGCACAGCGGUGGCGGCGGCCUGCGCACGCCCAGCCCCAAGGAGCGCAAGUGCCAGGAGGCGCACAAGCGCGGGGGCAUGUACUUGGAGGACCUGGACGUGCUGGCCGGCACAGCGCUGCUGCGGGGCGCCGCGGACCAGAACCACACCCACGCGUUCCACUCCCAGGAGAACCUGGUCGUGCACGUGCCGAAGGACCACAAGCCCGGCACGUUCCCGAAGGCGCUGUCCAUCGAGAGCCUCUCGCCCACGGACGGCAGCAACGGGGUGAACUGGAGGGCCGGCGGCGGCGGCGGCGCCCUGGGCGGCGGGCAGCAGGGCCCCGGGGCGAGGGAGCCCGGGCUCAUGGCGUCCUGCCACAGGGCCAGCCGCGUCAGCAUCUACGACAACGUCCCCGGCUCCCACCUGUACGCCAGCACGGGAGACCUGCUGGACCUGGGGAGAGAGGACCUCUUCCCCCACCUGGACGACAUCCUGCUGCAGGUCAACGGGCUGCAGGAGGUGGUGGACGACUGGUCCAAGGACCUGCUGCCGGAGCCGCACGCCAGGGGCGCCGCUGUGCUGGGGAAGCCGGGCUCGAGCCCCUUCCCACCGCCGCCGCACCAGAUCGCCCUGGACUUCGAGGGCAGCUCCGUGUCCGAGGGCCAGACCACGCCCAGCGACGCGGACAGAGACGGCACUUCGCUGAACGGGUCCGAGGCCCCCGGGGCCCGAGAGAGGAGGGAUUCUGGGGUCGGGGCCUCUCUGACCAGGCCCAACAGGCGACUCCGGUGGGACAGUUUCCAGCUCUCGCACCAGCCGCAGCCCUCCACGGCCUCGCUGCACGUCAGCCACCUGAGCGCCGGGCAGCUGAGCCUGCUGCAGCGCGUGUCCCUGCUGCGCCUGACGGCCAUCAUGGAGAAGCACUCCAUGUCCAGCAGGCACGGCUGGACCUGGUCAGUCCCCAAGUUCAUGAAGAGGAUGAAGGUGCCGGAUUACAGAGACAGGACUGUCUUUGGCGUCCCCCUCAUCGUCCACGUGCAGAGGACGGGGCAGCCGCUGCCGCAGAGCAUCCAGCAAGCCCUGAGGUAUCUGCGCAGCAACUGCCUGGACCAGGUGGGCCUCUUUCGAAAAUCGGGCGUGAAGUCCAGGAUCCAGGCCCUGCGUCAGAUGAACGAGAACUUCCCCGACAACGUCAGCUACGAGGAGCAGUCGGCGUACGACGUGGCGGACAUGGUGAAGCAGUUCUUCCGCGACCUGCCCGAGCCCCUGUUCACCAACAAGCUCAGCGAGACCUUCCUCCACAUCUACCAGUACGUCCCCAAGGAGCAGCGGCUGCAGGCGGUGCGGGCGGCCACGCUGCUGCUGGCGGACGAGAGCCGAGACGCCCUGCAGACGCUGCUGUGCUUCCUGCACGACGUGGUCAGCCUGGUGGAGGAGAACCAGAUGACGCCCAUGAACCUGGCCGUGUGCCUGGCGCCCUCGCUCUUCCACCUCAACCUCCUGAAGAAGGAGAGCUCCCCCAGAGUCAUCCAGAAGAAGUACGCCACCGGGAAGCCGGACCAGAAGGACCUCAACGAGAACCUGGCCGCCGCGCAGGGCCUCGCCCACAUGAUCGCCGAGUGCGACCGGCUUUUCGAGGUCCCGCACGAGAUGGUGGCCCAGUUCCGUGACGCGUACGUGGAGGCCGAGAUCCAUGCCCCGACGCUGGAAGACCUGGGGUCGCAGCUGGAGGACAGCGGGGCCACUCUCCACACCUACCUGGACCAGCUGCUCCAGGGCCUGCAGAAGGAGGCCAAGGAGAAGUUCAGGGGAUGGGUGGCGUGUGCCAGCGCAGACAACACGGACCUGGCCUUCAAGAAGGUGGGCGACGGGAACCCCCUGAAGCUGUGGAAGGCCUCGGCGGAGGUGGAGGCCCCGCCGUCGGUGGUGCUGAACCGCGUGCUGCGGGAGCGCCACCUGUGGGACGAGGACUUCGUGCAGUGGAAGGUCGUGGAGGCCCUGGACAAGCAGACGGAGGUCUACCAGUACGUGCUCAACAGCAUGGCCCCCCACCCCUCCCGGGACUUCGUGGUGCUCAGGACCUGGAGGACCGACCUGCCCAAGGGGAUGUGCGCCCUGGUGUCCGUGUCGGUGGAGCACGAAGAGGCCCAGCUCCUGGGCGGCGUGCGAGCCGUGGUGAUGGACUCGCAGUACUUGAUAGAGCCGUGCGGCUCCGGCAAGUCCAGGCUGACCCACGUCUGCAGGGCGGACCUGAAAGGCCACUCCCCAGAAUGGUACAAUAAAGGCUUCGGGCACCUGUGCGCGGCGGAAGUGGCCAGGAUCAGGAACUCUUUCCAGCCCCUCCUCGCGGAGGGCCCAGAAACGAAGAUCUGAGUCCGCCCCGGGGGACCUGGAACUCAGGGAAGAGGAAGCGACAGCGACCCCUUGCGGGAGAGAGAAGGGUGCACGCCGACCCACUGGAGACGCCGCCGCGGAGCGGUCGGAGUGCGCACGCUGCGGGAGCCCGUGAGCGCCCGCCUGCCCAGCCUUCCUGGAGACGGCUAUGUCAUUACUAAUAUAAUAUUUUUUAAAAUUAAAGCAUUUAUCUAUGUUACUUAAAAUUAAAUGGAUUUUCUCCCUGUGCAUUGCCUAAUUUGCUAUUUAUAGGCUUCUAAGAAGCAUAUUCUUAACUGUAAAUAAAUGUAUGUAUAGCCUAUGUACAGGUGUGUAUAUCUCUCGUCUGCUGUAUAUAUGUAAAAUAUCGAUUUUAUAUAUAGUUGCAUAUUUUGAAACGCAUCUGACUUGGUGAGUCCCUUCCUUACCUGGUUCUUUCCAAGGGGCUCUGGGCCCACCCCCCUCGCCCCCAUCCUGUAAACUGUGCAGGAGCUGCUGCUAACACCGAGGUGUGACCCUGCGGCUGUCAGCUGUCGGCUGUCAUCUGCCCUGACGUUCAACCAAAGAUGAGCUAACCAAAGGAAAACAACAGGAAAAGGUUCUCCUGUGUCCACAGGUUGUUUCUGUUAUUCAAAAGCUGAGCAGGAAGUGGUGGAUAAAGCGAGGGAAAGAAUAGUUACUUCUUUGAAGGCAAAGUAGUGGGGGGUGGGGAGUCCCCACCAAGCUAAAGCUGGAUUCCCAGGUGCUCCUGGCCCCCGCCAGGUGCAGGUUCGGUCAAGUGCCAGGAAGCCCCCGGGUCAGCGACCCAGAGCCCCGCCCCCGCCCCGCCCCGCCCCUUAGAGCAGACCGGAAACACCUGGGCCCAGUCUCAGCCAAAGGGAGGCUCUGUGCUGUGUCACGUUUCCACAGAUACAUUUCGUGAUGUUCUUCAAUGUCCUUCUGUUUGACCAGUGGCCUGUUUGGUCGCAGUUCAUCAGCAUUUUCUUACCCGUGUAUUGCACUGAGUUUAACUCUGGACACCAGCCAAAGAGGGCUGACGGUGGUUUAAGAGACCUGAGCCGUUCCGGCUGCAGAGGACUCUUACUUUGUUAUGUGUGAUGCCCUAAAGGUAGAAUUCGUUCGCGUUUUGUCACCUGAAAGACAGGGUUCGAAACUCACAUAAGACCCAAACUAUGCUCGUGCAUUCAUUUUAGAAAACGUAGGCAGGUUUGCUCAAUGCACGUUCCUUCAUUAGCCAGCCAGGCCACCUAGGCAGCGGCCCAACCUUAUUUAUUAAGCUAUAGACUAAGCAAAUCGAGGCUCCUUAACCGAUUGCUAAUGGAUUUAAAUUGCUCUUUAUUGUCAUUCAACAGUUAUAGAGACCCAGGUAAUUUAUUGUGUUUGGUUUCAGGGAGAUAGAUUUCUAAAUAGAGAUUGGUAUCAUAACUCAGCAGCUGGGGUCAGAGGGGAAAGAAACUCAAAUGUCUUCCCUUUUUUUAUAUUGUAUGCCUUUCUGUAAUGUUUUAUCAGUAUUGUGCAAUCAUUUUACUGAGAGGAAUAAAAGUGUUAUAUAUGAGCUCUGUAUGGUGCAAGGACAAUCAGACUGUUUGAAUGGUGACCUAAGAACGCUUCAUUUCCCUGCCCACCCGAGAAGGCGGCGGCCAAGCCGUAAUCUUCCCUUCGGGCAGUGCUCCGUGAGCAAGACGCAGUCACCUCUGCCGUCCAUCUGCAAUCUAGCCAUGCGGGCUGGGCGACUUGAACGGGCACAGACAAGGCCCGUGGUGAAGGUGAACCUGGCUUACCACGGGCCCGACUCCAGAGAUGGGGCCCUUCCUGGUUGGGAGCCGUGCUGGGCACCCAGGGACAAGGGAUACCGAGUCUCCAAAUUUAGCGUGCACGCAGCUCGCCUGGGGAUGUCCUUCCAAGACAGACUCUGACCCAGACAGUGCGGGGCGGGCCCAAGGGUCUGCAUUUCUAACAGGCCCCAGGACCUGCGAGAAGCAGGGACCUAGAGUGUCCUUAACACAGAAUAAACACAGAUCUGAUUCUCUUUCUGGCUCCCCUUCUCUUCAAACUGCCUGACUUUUCAAAAUUUUUACUCACGUGUUAAUGACCCCACUUCCGCCCGGCAGCCCCGGGCCUUGGAAAAGAAAAGGAAAAGGAGGGGAAGCCGCGUCGAGCUGCUGGCCAGAUAGCACAGUAUUUUUUCAGUCAUCGCUCCUUCGCCAAUGGAAAUAAAAUAUGAUCUUGCAUUUAACUAUUCCAUUUAUACCUCAUGUGUAUUUUUACCUCAAGUGUCGGUAUCAAUCAUCAAUUGUAAAUAAAGAAUUGCCGAGGCAAGGAAAUUUAUAUACAUUAAACAUUUCCUAUUUUCUAUACAAUA